CAUUUCUGCUUAAAUCCUUCUGCUGCAGGUUCAGCCCAGGAGUUGCCUCCUCUGACCUGCUAGUCCAGAGCCCCCCAGGGUCUGCCCUUGCCACGGCUUCUCUUGACACUUGUUGGGUUGUGAUUCUGUCUGAGGCCAACACGUGCCCACUUCCCCCACAGAUCUCUUGCCCGCCCCCUGGCCCUAGGUUCUCCGCGAAUGCUUGUUGAGAGAAUUGAUGUUACCUCAUCUCUCUGGGCCUUCAUUUCAGUGGCUCCAAAAUGGGCCGAUGGGGCCAAAUUGGGCAGCGCAGGGCAGGCGGGAGACCCGCACAGAUCAGAAUUUAAAGGGCCUUUACUUGGAGCCACGCCCACUUCCCAUGGGUGAACUAUUUUCCUGGAUAGGAAGGACCCGGUUUAUCACCGUGUUUGAGGCACAGCUGGCCUGCCCCCUCCUUUCCCGGCCAGGCUUCCCAGACCUGCAGAAACACGGAGGGCUGAUUCUUGCUGAGCCAUCUGCCUUGAGCGAGUGGCUUCGCCGGCGCCCGCGAUCCCCCGCUUGGUCUAGUGGCUGCCUGGGUUCUCCCUCAUCACGGUGACCACGCCAGAUAGCCCUCCCCCACAGCAGCGGUCACCUGCAGUGCUCUCCUCCCCCACCCGGGGUGGCCAAUCUCAGAUCUCAGCCCCGCGUCCCUGCAUCCGCGCACGCGCACACCCACACCACCUGCACAGCCCAGGCUCCGGGAAUGUGAAGUGCUCCUCACUCUCCUGGAACUCACCUCCAGGGCAGGACGGGGUCUGUAGUACCUACACUCUACAAUAGAACGUGGCCCACAGGUACAUUUAUGGAGCGCUUGCUAUGUGCCAGGCAAGGUUUUAAGCGUUUCCAAAAAAUCAUCCUGCAUAACCCCGUGAGCCUGCGAGGUAGGUCGCGGUUGUUAGCCCGUUUUACAGACGAAACAGACCAGAAGUCACAGCGCUUACUGGAAGCCACAGAGCUCAUCAGUGACCGAGGCAAGGUUUAAGUCUGGGCAUCUGUCUCCUGCCAAGCGGCAGACCGCUCUGCUGCCCAGGAAGAGAGAAGCCACUGAGUCCCAAACCAGCUAAGUGGGAGAUGACCUCUGUGCCCUGCAGGAGGGGAAAGGACAAGCAAGGGCAGCAGAGCCACACCGUAGAUCACAGCAUAAUAAAGGCCUACGAGAAGCAGCGGGGGGCCCGGCGGGAGGAGCAAAAAGAGCUGCAGCGGGCUGCGGCCCAAGACCAGGUGCGGGGCUUCCUGGAGAAGGAGGCGGCCAUCGUGAGCCGGCCCCUCAACCCCUUCACGCCCAAGGCAGCCUCUGGGAACAGCCCAGAUGAUGCCCGACCUGGGUCCAGUGCAGGCCCCACAAGCAAGGACAAGGACAAAGCACUGCCCAGCUUCUGGAUCCCGUCGCUGACCCCCGAGGCCAAGGCCACCAAGCUGGAGAAGCCGUCGCGCAUCGUGACCUGCCCUAUGUCCGGGAAGCCACUGCGCAUGUCGGACCUGACCCCUGUGCGCUUCACGCCGCUCGACAGCUCCGUGGACCGCGUGGGGCUCAUCACACGCAGUGAGCGCUACGUGUGCGCUGUGACCCGGGACAGCCUGAGCAACGCCACGCCUUGCGCCGUGCUGCGGCCCUCUGGGGCUGUGGUCACCCUGGAGUGCGUGGAGAAGCUGAUUCGGAAAGACAUGGUAGACCCCGUGAAUGGGGAGAAGCUGACAGACCGCGACAUCAUCGUGCUGCAACGGGGCGGUACAGGCUUCGCGGGCUCCGGAGUGAAGCUGCAGGCUGAGAAGUCGAGGCCGGUGAUGCAGGCCUGAGUGCACUGGAGACCAAAUAAACGGGCAGGGACUCA